AGACGUGCACUACUACCGCACUGAAGAGUUCAUGUGUUCGCGAAGUGCUCGUGGUGAGGCAGUUGCCAUUUUGAAACCCAAAUCGUUCACAGUACACCCGCCCUGAAACCUGGAACUAUGCCGCGGGGCCGGCCUCGCAAACUGAGGGAUAAAACCAACGACGGAACAGAGGGUAUAUCUGGAGCCAAGCAGGACUACAGCCAUGGAGAUUCCAAGGACAACAAGUGCACCGUCUGCUCCCAGAGCUUCACUACUGAGAGCCAGCUACAGAGGCACCAGCGCGACCAUGAGGCCAACGACAAGCCUCACCGGUGCGACCAGUGUGCCCAGACGUUUAACGUGGAGUUCAACCUCACGCUCCACAAGUCCACACACGCCACCUCCAACCCCACCUGCCCGGUGUGCCACAAGAAGUUCUCCCGCGUGGCCAGUCUCAAGUCCCAUAUCAUGCUGCAUGAGAAGGAGGAGAAUCUGAUCUGUACAGAGUGUGGCGACGAGUUCAUUCUCCACAGUCAGCUCAUGCUGCAUCUGGAGGAGCACCGCAAAGAGCUGUCUGGGGCCAAGGUGUACACCUGCAAGACCUGCAGCAAGGAGUUCAAGAUGGCGGGCCAGCUCAAGGAACACACCAAGACCCACAUCAAGAUGAGGCCACUCAGCUCGAAUUCCAGAAACUACAAGAAGAAUAUUGAUCGCAGUGGAUUUACCAACAGCUGUCAGCAUUGUGGCAAGACGUUUAAAAAGCCCAGCCAGCUCGUUCGACACACACGAAUACACACAGGCGAACGGCCGUACAAGUGCAGCCACUGUAGCAAGGCCUUCAACCAGAAAGUGGUGCUGCAGACCCAUAUGGUGAGGCACACGGGAGAGAAGCCCCACCUCUGCACCUUUUGCCCCGCUUCCUUCUCGCAGAAGGGCAACCUGCACUCACACGUCCAGAGAGUGCACUCUGAGCUUACGGGAGUGCCACUGUUCCCAUGCAUGGACUGUAGCUGUGUGUUCAAAAAGCUGGGCAGUCUCAACGCCCACAUCAGCAAGAUGCACAUCUUGCUCAUUGAGGAAUCGGCCAACACACAGGAGGUGGAGGAGUCGGGUCAGGGCGUUGCGGGGUCAGAGGGCAGCGAGGUGGUGACUGACGUGAUCCAGCAGCUCCUAGAGCUGUCAGAGCAGGUGACAGGGGAGGGGAACCAGUCACAGCCCCAAGAACAGACCAUCACCAUGGAGACGGCCAUCAACCAGGACAUCCUACAGCAAGCCCUGGAGAACAGUGGGUUGAGCGUGGUUCAGUCCCAGACCAAUGGAGCGGCUAGACAGACUCAGAGCCAUGCCGCUGAGGGGGCGCUACCUGACAGUAAGAAGUUACCAGGCCAGGACAAAACCGCCAAGAAGGAGAAGAAAAGUAUCUUCAAAAAACCUGUACAGAUGCCAGGCUCCAUCAGGGAGGAGAACGGCGUGCGGUGGCACAGCUGCCCUUACUGCAGCAAGGAGUUCAAGAAGCCCAGCGACCUGGUGCGCCACGUCCGCAUCCACACACACGAGAAGCCCUUCAAGUGCAAGCAGUGCUUCCGCGCCUUUGCCGUCAAGAGCACCCUCACUGCCCACAUGAAGACACACACAGGCGUCAAGGCCUUCGAGUGCCAGUGCUGCAUGAAGUGCUUCUCCACGUCGGGCAGCAGGAAGGUCCACAUGCGCCUACAUACAGGUGUGCGUCCGUUCCCGUGCCCUCACUGUGACAAGAUCUUCCGUACGUCGGGCCACAGAAAAACGCACAUCGCCUCCCACUUCAAGAGCCUGCAGCAGAAGAAGCACAAGUUCCCACGCAAAAUCCACAGAACCAAGGUGUCCAAGAGCAACCUACCUCUGCCUGAUAUCCCCCUGCAAGAGCCCAUACUCAUCACGGACCUCGGUCUCAUCCAGUCCCAGAACCCUCGCCUGGUCUUUCAGACAUACCUGGAGAUGGUGGACAAUGAUCGGCCAUACAAGUGUCCCUGCUGUAACAAGGCCUAUAAGAAAUCCAGCCACCUCAAGCAGCACGUUAGGUCUCACACGGGAGAGAGGCCGUACAAGUGUGUCCAGUGCAGUAAGGGCUUUGCCUCCUCGGGGGUGCUGAAGGCCCACAUCCGGACCCACUCGGGCCUCAAGGCCUACAAGUGCCUGAUUUGUGACACCACGUUCACCACCAGCGGCAGCCUGCGCCGCCAUAUGACCACCCACAGCGACAUGCGGCCCUACAUGUGCCCUUACUGCCAGAAGACCUUCAAGUCCUCACCCAACUGCAGGAAGCACAUGAAGACCCACAGGUAUGAGUUGGCCCAGCAGCUCCACCAACAGCAGAACCCGGAGCCCUCGCCGCUGGACGACCCCAUGGAUGGCACCACCGUGACCCACGAGCUGGAGGACGGCACCCUACAGCAGGAGGCUCCUCCCACGUUGGGCUCGGAGCAGCAGGGCAUGCUGGAACUGGGCCAGACGCAGGUGGUGGACGGCGGCCAACAGGUGUCACUGGAGACCCAGCUGAGUGACCAGCCCCUGGGACAGGAAGAGGACACCUUUGUGACUACCCAGCAUGCUCUGCCUCAGAAUAUUAGCCAGUUUGAGACACAGACACUCCCGCAGCCUGGCUUUGACCAGCAAACACUUACUCAAGGUUUCACCAUCACCGCGGACGGCUAUGCCCAGGCCCAGUUCUCCACGGUGCAGCAGCUACAGGACUCCAGCACCCUGGAGUCUCAGGCCCUCUCCUCCAGCUACCACCCCCAGAACCUGCUCCAUGUGCCCAGCCAAGAGGUGACGAGUGGCCUGCUCCAGGAGACUAGCCAAGGAGACCUCCAGCUGUCCGACCAGACGCAAGACUACCAAGACCCAGAAGACAGCGAGGACAACAGCAAGAGGGCUUACAGGUGCACCAUGUGUAAUAAACCUUUUAAGAAGUCCAGCCAUCUGAAGCAACACGUGCGCUCCCACACCGGGGAGAAACCCUACUGCUGCAACAUUUGUGGCCGAUGCUUUGUCUCAGCAGGGGUCCUCAAGUCCCACCUCAACACACACACAGGAGUGAAGGCCUAUAAGUGUAACAUGUGUGACACUUCCUUCACCACCAACGGCAGUCUGAACCGCCACAUGGUCGUCCACCUGAAGCCCUACAAGUGUCACAUGUGUGAGGACAGCUUCCGCAACAGCGUGCUGUAUAGGAAGCACUUGAAGAAGGACCACGCCGAAGUGGACAGAGGGCUGGAGGAUGAGGACGGCGAGGAGGAAGAGGAGGGUGAGCAGACCGUGAUGAAGAGGAACCGGGCCAACAUCAUAACCUUCACGGAGGAGCAGGCGGAGGAGCUGGCCAAGAAUGACCCUGGUGACGAGGCGUCGGUGUCGGAGAAGGUGCUGGCCCAGUCGGCGGCGGAGCGCGACCGCAUCAGCGAGAUCAAGGACAAGGCAGUGGAGCUGGAGACUGAGCCCAAGUUCGCCAACUGCUGUAACUUCUGCCCCAAGAGCUUCAAAAAGCCCAGCGACCUCGUCAGACAUAUACGGAUCCACACAGGAGAGCGUCCUUACAAGUGUGACAAGUGUGGGAAGAACUUCACCGUGAAGUCCACCCUGGACUGCCACAUAAAGACCCACACAGGUCAGAAGCUGUUCAGCUGUCACAUGUGCAACACGUCCUUUUCCACCAAAGGGAGUCUGAAAGUCCACAUGCGUCUCCACACGGGCUCCAAGCCCUUCAAAUGCCCCUUCUGCGAUCUCCGCUUCCGCACCUCAGGCCACCGCAAGACCCACAUCCAGUGUCACUACCGGCCCAGCUCAGAGGGUCGGAAGGCCAAGCGAGCGGCAUCGUCCAGAAGUGACCAGAAGCAGCAGCAGCACCCGGGUAACCCAGAGACCCUGCACCCUGUGGGUCUGCUCCAGGCUACCACCAUAGACCAUAACAUCUACCUCCCAGCCAACCAGGUCCUCGCAGGCCAGUUUGAUCAGAACCUGCUGCAGCAAGGCCUGGUGGGCCAGGCUAUUCUGCCUACCUCCAUGUCAGCGGGUGGUGACCUGACAGUGUCUCUGUCGGAGGGUCUGGCUACUCUGGAGGGCAUCCACCUCCAGCUUACCUCUGCCAACCUAGUGUGUCCCAACGUUCAGAUCUCUGGCAUCGACACCAGCAACAUCAACAACAUCACACUGCAGAUUGACCCAGCCAUCCUCCAGCAGGGAGGUCUCCUCUCCCACGCCCUGACAGGAGACGGAGGCCUGACCAGCCACCCUGGUUCCCACCUCAUGGCCACGGGAGACCCCUCGGCGCCCGGCUCCAAUGUGGUCCUGCACCCGCUCACCAGCCUGUCCCUGCAGCCCUCCGCCAUCGGCCCCGGCCACGUCACCAUGGGCAGCCUUGGCGAGCACGACAACACAGGCUCUCAUCAGGACCUGAGUCAUGUGAUGAGUGGUCCAGGCCUGGUGUCCAGUGGGGCUCAGGAGAUCACUCUGACCAUCAACAACUCCAGCCUCACCCAGGCUCUAGCUCAGGCCCAGGCCAACGCUGCUGCUGGGGGCAACACUGCUGCAGGCAACCACCCCCAGGAGAUCACACUCACCAUAUCAGGUCAAGACCUCCUCCAGCAGCACGGCGCCCCUGGUUGCGGAGAGAUGAUUGGCGGGAUCAGGCUGGCAUCCCACCAAACCACAGGUGCCACCCUCACCAUGUGCAAUGACCACCUCCUACCUCAGAGCAACGCGGGCCUGACUGUCACAAGCCUGCCGCCUAGCACCUCCCUGUCACAGACGGCCGGCUCCCAGAGUCUGGUGAUGUCGUCAUCGAGCAUGGCCAGCGACGGCAGCGUGACUCUCACACUGGAGGACACACAGGGUAUGCUGGACGCUCAACCUCAAUUCACGCUCAACUUCAACGCACAGAGUCAGCAGUACCAAACUAUGCUCAGUGACCAGGAUCUCUCAGGACAACAGGCCGGCUCCACCCAGCAGGUCAUACUGGUCAGUCACCACCCCCAGGCCACUGAGGAACAGCCCGACAAUAUUUACAGGCUGUCAGAGGAGAGCCAGGUGGUGGAGAAGGAGGACCAGGGGGAGAACCAGAAGCAGAACCAGUGUUUCUACUGCAAUCAGGUGUGUCAGAGCGCCAACACGCUGCGACGCCACUGCAGGCAGGCCCACGGCAAGGACCGGUGCCACGUCUGCAGAGUGUGUGGCAAGGCCUUCAAAAGAGCUACUCACUUAAAGGAGCACGAGCGUGUCCACCAGCGAGGACCUUCACUGGGCUCCCAAAGGCCCAAGUUCUUCAAAUGCUCCUCCUGUGACAAAGCCUUCGCCAAGCCCAGCCAACUAGAGAGACACAACCGCACACACACAGGUGAGCGUCCCUUUAAGUGUUCCCAGUGUGACAAGGCCUUCAACCAGAAGAGUGCCCUGCAGGUACACACGGUCAAACACACAGGGGAGAAGCCCUACAAGUGUGAGAUCUGCAGCAUCAGCUUCACACAGAAGAGCAACAUGAAGCUGCACAUGAAGAGGUCGCACGGCUACGGUCCCGAUCGGACCCAGGAGGUGACUUUGGAGCAGGGGACAGAGACUGGAGUGGAUGUCCCUCCCGAGCUGAAUGACAUGGAAGAGGUUGUCCAGGAGUCUUCUGGAGACUGGCACUGUGGUAUUCCCAACGUGUUCCCUUAGCCCCCAACUCAGAAUUGAAUUGACCUUCCCAGUUUAUCCCAGCAUAGACUCUUUACUAGGCGUCUGUGCACUGAUGAUACGAAGCACUGAUUUUACCACAAGUAGGUGUGGAAAACCUACCCCUCAGAUCAACCCCCUCCUUUCCUCACCUCUUUUUAAUUGAGUUGGACAUUUCUGCACUUUUUCUAAAGUGAUGUUGCCACGCACAUCCCGAAAAUAGAAAGCGUGUGCGGCCGUACCUCUACACGCAUUAGGUCCUUAGCAGCAGCUAUUUCUGCCCGUUUCUCUUGUCCUCAGAUAUGCAUUAAAGGGACAAUCUGUCAUUGCUCCAUCCAUUUUUUGUUUUACUUUUAAAUUCAUGAUAUAUACCCAUUGAUUAUUGACGAACAAAAAGACAAGCAAUUGUAAACAAACAUUUUAUCGCCCCAACAUGGUUAAAUCUAUCCUUUUCAUAUCAUGGUUGUUCAGUCCUUGAUGGAUGAAUUUGGUUAUAUUUCUCCAGCUCCAUCCCUCAGCUAUUUACCAAAUCGGUGGCGGAUUGCCCGCUUUUAUUAUUGUUUGAACUGCAGAUUGUCCCUUUAAAGGCAGAGAACUGGUCCCUCCAUUGACUAAAUUGCUGAAUCAACCUGCGCUCCGAUUCUCAUUAGUAUGAGUCCCUUACGAGACGUUUUAGUCAAAAAGCUGUUUAGUAAUCAUACGCUGACCUCCCAGUACAGUUCACCAGUCGGGGCUGUAGCUAGCUGAGGUAGACUACCGGCGGUUUUAUCCCUAGACUGUUGUUUACUCUGUUUGCCAAUAAGAGGAGUGAACGCUAGAGAUCUGCAUGGCUGCACUGUCAGUCCUGCGGUACUGGUUCACCCUGUAGAGUAGAAUAACCACUCACCUGCCCCAUCCGGAAACAGCCCUGUAGAUCCGCGGUCCAUAAGUCAGCAGUAGUCAGUCACAAACUGCUCCGUAUGACCUAUUACGGACUGGACUAGGUAUAAGCAAUAGUGUUAGAACUCCACCUUGCCCUCUGAAAGGCUGGAUAGAAAGGUUUGCCUUAUUGCGUAUUCCUAUCUAAUCAUUUCAGAUCUACACAAGUGUAUAACGGGCUGGGGCAGGGUCUAGGCAUUGUUUCUAGACGGGGACUCGAUCUCUCCCGUGCUCCCGGGCAGCUCCACACACUGCGAACAGGCCCACACUUAACUGUUUGACAACUGAGCUGUGCUUUAACAGGCACACACAUUGGAGUGAUCUAUGUGCAGUUUACCAGAAAAGUACAUUUCUUUUUAAAGUCACAUAUUUUUGCAUAUUUAUGCUAUACACUUUUAUAAAAGGCAAGCUAAAGGUUUUGUUUUUGAUUAAUUAGUUGUAAAGAAUAUACAUAUAUUUUUGCCAUAAAGGUGAAGGUAGCCUUGAAUGGUGAGACUAUAAAGCGCUAAGAGUCAUAUGGGUCAGACCUGGGUUCAAAUACACUACUAUUUGAAAUCAUUCACUUUAGUCUGCCCGAAGUGCCAGGGUUUGCAGAAUGCAAUCUUGCAAAUGACUACUCUAUAGGUUUCAUUGCGCCAGGCAAGCUCUAUCAAGCCCGGAUAAAGUAUAAUGAUUUUGAAAAGUAUUUGGUGUGGAUUUGAUCCCUCUCUUCUGAAACGUUAUGCCUGUAAAUUUGACAAUGAUGACGAUGACCUGUGAUACCACAGUUCUUGGCUGAUGUAUAAGGGCUUCAGGGGUUGACUCUCCACGUUCACAAGGUGUUGCAUGAAAUUGUCAUUUAGUUGUAAGCUUAUGCACAGCCAUUUUGUAAUCUGAUAUUUAAUUUUGCAAUGUAAAUAGUGUAUGAUUGCAUAUAUUUUUGGAUUCCAUAUCACAUUGGUUGUGAACAAGAGUUCAUUUUUUGUCAAUUACUGAACCAGUUUACAGACCGUAAGCUGUUAAGUGUUUUUUUUUGUUUUUUUUGUCAGGAAUGUAUUUUGUAAUGUUGAAAAGUAUUUAAUUAAUAAAACCAGUAAUUUAUUUACAGA